AAUUGAAAUUUUCAUUCUCAUUAUAUAACUAUUUUUAUUUAGUUUUUGUAGCUCCCAACGACCUCAAGAAGUCUUAAUUCUAGUGAUAAUGAACCUCCUGAGACAACAGCUCUUGAAGAUGACGAAAAUAAUACAGAAAAUAUUGCAAAUUCUGAAGAUUUGAACGAGAUGCCGUCAACUUCAACAUCAUCUACAUCUGCUGGCCAAGUUGUCUGUUGUAUAUUUUGCAACCAGAUUCAGAAAAAAUCAGGAAAGCGAGUCCUCAAUCUAAUAAUUUCCUCGAGUAAUGAGCUGUGUGAAAGAAUGAAAAAUGUAGCAGAAAGCUUGGGUGAUCGUGAGUUUCUUUUAAAGCUGAAGAAUCUUCCGAUAGCUUAUCAUAAACCCUGUUAUGCUUCUUUUCUAACGAAAGAAAAACGAAAUGAUGAUCAUCAUUCAGAUUCCAGUUGGCAUACUUAUCGAAACCUGCAUAAACAAGCUUUUGAAUGUAUUGCCGAUUUUAUUUCAAAUGAAAUAAUUGAAAAUAAUCGAGUAAUGUACUUCUCUCAAUUAGUUUUAAGAUAUCAAGCUCUAUUAUUAGAAUUUGGAAAAAAUACAAUCGAUCUCGUUGAUAUUGAGGAUUACCGAUCUGAAAUGCUGGGAAAAAAAAUCUUUAACAAAUUUGGUGAUACUUUAAUAAUGGAAGCAUCGAAAGGUCCACGUUAUAAAAAAAUUAUAUAUAAGGCAGACAUCGACGUUUCAGUUAUGGCUAAUAAUGCAGCAUUUCUGGUGAAGAAAAACGAAGAGAAAUUCGAUGAUGUUUCAUUUCACUUAAGAAACUGUAUAAAAAAAAUUGAAUUGAAACGAUUGCCUAAACGCCUCACAGCAGAAGACGUCAUCCGCGGGGAAUGUGAAAUCCCACCAUUAUUAUUUGAUUUUAUGUGUAAUCUUAUUAAAGGUCCUCACUUUUCUGAGAAAAACUCAACCCAGGCUACAACACAAGUUAUAUCAAUUUGCAGUGAUAUAAUUUACGCAGUCACUAAGGGCGCAUGUAAACCAGCAAAAAAUUUAACACUUGGUUUAGCAUUAAAGGCAAUAAAAAAUUCUCGUCAAGUUAUUACGAUGCUUAAUAAACAUAACGGGUGA